AUGACUCUCUUUGGGCCUACAGAACAGAACCCCUAUUGGAACUACACCCUACAAGCAAUCAAAGCCCUUAAUUAUGAUCUACUGCGUGUUGGUGAGAAGAGAUUGUUGGAUAUCAACAAACUUGAUGCGAUACGCUUGGAUGCGUACGAGAGUUCGAGGCUAUACAAGGAAAUGACCAAGCGAUGGCAUGACAAAAGUCUUAUCAGAAGUAACUUUGAGGUUGGACAAUUGGUGUUACUAUUCAACUCCCGUUUGAGGUUAUUUCCAGGAAAACUGAAGUCACGUUGGACGGGUCCAUUCAAGAUCACAAGGGUAUUCCUCUAUGGUUUCCUUGAGCUGUCGAAUGCGAAAGGGGAAACAUUCAAGGUGAAUGGUCAACGUGUCAAACACUAUCGCGCAGGUGAACCUUUAGCAGGGCCAGUGGUAAUGCCGUUUGAGCCCUUACGUGUUCUGAAUGAAUAA